AUUGGUGUGUCCACAGUGCGACAGCAUGCAGACAUCUGCCUGUUCAACACGGCGCAGUACAAGUGUCCGGUGGCCACCGAGGAGUCCGAUGACGUCGUCGCUGCCAGUUCGACCUUCUGCAAAGUGUUCACUCUCACUCCGUUCCUGGCGAACAACCGAGAGAAACGAGGCCUCGCUCUGGACGGGAAACUGAAGCACGAGGACACCAACCUGGCCUCCAGCACACUGUUGAGAGAAGGAGCCAAUAAGGAGAUCCUCGGCAUCAUCGUGUCCUACAAAGUCAAAGUGAAGCUGGUCGUGUCUCGAGGCGGGAUCCUGGGAGAUCUGGCAACGAGCGACGUCUCUGUCGAGCUGCCGUUCACGUUGAUGCACCCGAAGCCGCCGGAGGAAUCCUUCUGCAGGGACGCUGCAGAUGAAGCUCCGAUCGACACCAACCUCAUCCAGUUCGACACUAAGUAA